AUGCAAGGAUAUCAACAACAACUAAUCGUAUUUUCUUUAUUUAUUUCAAUCAUAUAUGCAAAAUUAACAAUCAACUCUUUCGAGGCGCUUGCUCCUAUAACAAUAAUCACUGCUCCACCUACAAUCUAUGCUACUCAUGUUCAAUUGUGGGCAAAUGUAAUAGAUUGUCCAAAAAACAACUGUUCAUGCGAAGUAUACACUGAUAAAUUGGGAGAUAAUGCACAAAUUUUAACUUUUAUGGAAAACAAGCAAGAUAUAGGUUUUGUGACGAUUCCAAAUCUUGAACCGAAUACACUGUAUGAGUUUACUUUAAAUUGUAAAACAAAUACUGAUAGUGCUACUGAAAAGCGUAAUGUUACAACUGAUCAUGGUCGUCCAUUAGCACCACAAAAUGUCGCAGCCAUAUUAGUUUCCAAACAUAUUAAAAUCAGUUGGUCACCUCCUUCAAUGCUUGAAAGUUUUUCUUAUUAUAAGAUAAUUAUUGAUAAUAAUCCUAUUUCAACAAACAUAUGGAAAAAUGUCACUUCGUAUGAGAUGACUGACGACUAUAAAUAUGGUAUCAUGCAUACAAUUAGUGUCAUAACUUGUUAUAUUAAUAUUCAACAGCAUCCAGUUUGUUCCAAACCAGCAGACAGUACAACAAAAUUUUUCGAACCCACAGCAGCGACAGCGACAACGACAACGACAACAGCAACAGCAACGCCAAUAGUAACACAAACAUCAACGGCAACAAUAGUAUCAUCAACAAAAUCAAUAGGUGUUCAUUCUUAUCAUAUAUCUGUUUGCAUGAUUAUUUUUUCUCUUUUUCUUUCCAGUAAAAUAAAAUAUUAA